AUUUAUACUUGUCAACAUCUUUAAUUAAUCUGUGGCGAUCUGCACCUUGCAUGAGCUUGUUAUUACAGUGGUAUCAGUUCAACRCCUUAGUUGACAUAAUAUGUCAAAGCUCGGUCAUAAUCAUGAGUAGCGCGCUCGUAGAAUGACGCGYUUCUACGUCACCAAUUGUGAUGAUUACGUCUAUUGACGUCAUAACCAUGGAUAAGGUCGUAGAGUCUCGUCGUCGGCAGGAAAAGCCAAAACUAAGUUCAAUCGAAAUGGCUUUAAGACAAAGAACUAAAUUAUCCCUGCGAACUUUAGGAAAGCUGAAACGACGGCGACGAAAACGAAAGGAUCUUGAUGAAGUCACCGARGAUGUACCGAAAUUGAACUUGUCGAUGGUAUAUGUGGAAGAYCCUUCUGAUUUAAAGCAACGUAGCGAAGCAAUGCCUAUGGAUGUGGUGGAUUUCUGGCAYUUCCUUCACCAAAGUUUCUGGAAAGGAAGAUUACGAAUUUGCGAGGGAGAGCUUUUGCAUAAGUUGUUGGAUUGUUUUGAUGAUCUCGUCCAGAAUAAAAUAAUCGGAAAAGUUAUGACUACAAGAAAAUUUCGCAUGAAAAACGGCACUCAAACGUCAUCUUCUCUAAGUGAAGAAGAAAGCCGGAUGGCACAGGGAGAAAUAGGCAAGUUUCACGUUGUAAGGGCAGCAUUUUCGUACUAUGGUGGAAUACCACUGAAAAAACAUCGUAAAGUUACCUUUGCGUCUGUACCGAACAGUGUAUACAUCCCGCCGCUCCGCCAUGCACUGCCUAUUAUAAAACAUGAUGAAACACGCGGUCAUGACCUGGUGAAGGAACAAGCCUUGUCCAAAUCCAGCACACUGUUUUCUUCAUCUUCACUGGACUGGGAGAGCGCAGACAACGAUUGGUUUAUAUCACCAGUCCCACAAGACUUAGCGAACCGUUGUAUCAAAGCAGCAGAGCUGUUCCUGGUAGUCAAAGAGCAGUUUACAGAUAGCGAGACAUGGAGGACUGUCACCAGUCUGACUUUCAGCAGAAAGGAAAGAAAAUGGAGGUCAUCGCGCAUUGUGCAAGCUAUGCCAUCAUACUAUACCUCAGUAGAUUUCCCGAUGUACGGCUACGCUUUAGAGCGUCGGCCAGUUAUAAAUAAGUCCAAAGGUUUGAUGACAAUGAAAACACUAGAGGUGGUAAAAAAGUAUGUGGUAUCGACGUCACGUAAUCCGAACUUAAAACGCACUGUCACGCGUAAAGAAAGAGUUACACGAAAAAACUCAAGGAAAGCUUAGGGUUAUAGUUUAUCUAAAAAAAAAGAAUUUUAAUCUUAAUAACAAAUUGUGGUCCUUUCGUGAACGGUAUAUUUAUUUUGUGUCGCUCCAUUCAAGGCAAGUCUUCCACUUUUCAGUAGUAAUUCCAUGGACGGGCGGGAUCCCUUUGUCGAGUCAUUCCCGUUCCCCUCAACUACCUCUCCUCUCCCCUCCCUCCCCUAGUCCUUGGUCCCUCAACUGGUAAAUCGUACUGGUACAUGUAUAUUGUUUACCAUAUCGUGUCAUCUUACGGAAAAAAUACACAAACAAAUAAAGAAUGAGUAGGUUGAA